AUGACUAGAGGACUUAUAAAUGCAUUGGAACCGCAUCUUCCUCUGCGAAGAAGUCCUCUGGCAAUUCCAAAUGAGUUGAAGGUACUGUGCGCCCUGAAUUUCUAUGCUCAGGGUAGCUAUCAAAAGGCUGUUGGUGUAGACUGUAGGUUGAGCAUAGCUCAAUCUACAGUUAGUACGUUUUUACAAGAAGUUACGUGUGCCAUCAAUGAUCAUCUUUUAAUUAAGGCAAUGGAUACAUUUUCCAACGACAGCACAAGAGAUCCAACAAGUUGUUCAGAGAUAUGUGAUACGGAUUUGUAUAUUCUGAAUAUAUUAGCAAGAUAUCCAGGAUCUACCCAUGAUUCCUUUGUAUGGAGAAAUUCAUACGUUAGACAUCUUCUACAAAUGCAACAUGCACAUAAUAAUCAUUGUUGGUUAUUUGGAGAUUCUGGAUAUCCGUUAGAACCGUGGCUGUUAACUCCGUUUCCUGAAGUGCAGCCAGUUAGAUAUCGUACUCUAGAAUAUGCUCCAGAAAAAGCAGGUCAAAUAAUAAAUGCCUGUGCAGUACUGCACAAUAUGUGCAUACGUGCAAAUAUACCUCUUCCUCCAGAACCUGAAGAGGCAAUUAUGGCUAUGGAAGAUGACAUGAAUAAUGGAGAAAUACAGCCAGUACCGGAAGGCCGAGCUAUAUUUAAUGAAGGCCAGAGAAUGCGCAAUCAUCUUGCCACUCGAUUAGCAAAUGAUUAA